AUGGCAACUCAAAUUCUUCGAUUUCAAGGCCAUGAAUAUUUUACACAAAGAUUAAUACUAUCUUUAUUAAGUAAAAAAAUGAUACGAAUUGAAAAGAUCCGUUCUGAUGAUACAAAUCCUGGCCUUCGAGAUUAUGAAAUUUCAUUUCUUCGUUUAUUGGAAACAAUUACAAAUGGUUCGCAAAUUAAUAUUUCAUAUACAGGCACAAUUAUUUUAUUUAAACCAGGUCAAAUUCAUGGAGGAAAAUUUACUCAUGAUUGCGGAACAUCGAGAUCGAUAGGAUAUUUUCUUUUACCAUUACUUAGCAUUUUGCCAUUCUCAAAAAUACCAUUUGACUUAACAUUUACUGGCUUAACUGUUGAUAAUUAUGAUGUUGGUGUAGAUAUAAUUCGAACAAGUAUUCUUCCAAUUAUGCGUAAAUUUGGAAUAAAUGAUGGACUCGAACUUCGAAUUUUAAAACGGGGUUCUUCGCCUCUUGGAGGUGGUGAAAUUCGUUUUAUAUGUCCAUCUAUUCGUGCACUUUGUACAGUUCAUCUUUUAUCAUCUGGACGAAUAAAACGUAUUCGUGGAGUUGCUUCAUCCACAUGUGUAUCUCCUUCUAUUGCUAAUAGGCUUGUUGAAUCUGCGAGAAGCAUACUGAAUAGAUUUAUUCCUGAUAUAUUUAUAUAUACAGAUGUUCGAAAAGGAGAAGAAUGCGGAAAAUCUCCAGGAUUUUCUUUAUCACUUGUUGCUGAGUCAAAUACGGAAUCUUUAUAUACAAGUGAAUUGUCAGGAGAAGCAGGAGAUAUUCCUGAAGAUAUAGGUAUUAACUGUGCCAAAAUUUUAUUGUCGCAAAUCCUAAAUGGAGGUUGCGUUGAUAACAUUGCAUGUAAAUAUGUUCUUCUUGGAAUGGUUUUAGGGUCGGAAGAUGUCGGACGCAUAAGAAUAUCUAGAAAAAUUGAUGAACACUUAGUAGCAUUUUUAAGAGAUGUUAAAUUAUUUUUUAAUAUAGAAAUGAGAUUUAUUCCUAGUGGAAAUGAAAUAAUAGUAAGCUGUAAGGGUAUAGGAUAUACUAAUUAUAAUAAAAUGGUCACUUAA